CUUAUUCACGUGCUUCCUCGUUCCCACUUACUCACUUUCCUCAAUUCGAAGAAAUUCAUCUCCUCCCAAAACAGUAUCCAAACACCACAAUUCCUCUCCCCUCCCUUCCCUUAUCGAUCUUAACUUCCAUCAGUACAUGGCACUAGUCCGAGAGCGCCGCCAGCUAAAUCUCCGACUUCCCCUACCGGAAAUCUCCGAACGCCGCCCUCGUUUCCCCUUACCCCUCCCUCCCACUUCCCUCUCCACCACCACUACGGCCGCAACCGGUUGCGGCGGCGCAGUAACCGCCGCGAACAUCGAAAAGGUCCAAGUCCUCGGUUACGGCAACGGCGGCACAGUCUACAAAGUCCCCCACAAGCGGAGCUCCAGUCUAAGCACUGAACUUUAAUACCUUAAGGUCUAACUGGGAUAGGGUACUUUUCUUGCAAGGCUAGCCCAACCCAGUCUCCAUUCCCACUCACUAUAUAUAUAUACACUUUUGGCAUUUUCCAAUACACACACACACACACACACACACACACACACACACACAUAUAUAUAUAUUGGAAAAUGCCAAAAGUCUACUUCAAUCUCAACAUUAAUCCAGACUUCUACCUCCAUGGUAUUAGCGCAAGCCAACAAGAAUAUUGUUUCUGUCCAUUUUGUUUGCAUCUUUUGGCUACUUAUCAUCACUGCUAGCUCUGGUACAGAUUGGCAUGAAAAGAGACAUUCAGCUGCAGGAGACUGGAUAAACCAUGGUGGUGACAUAUACAACCGUAGAUAUGCCUAUGGAGAAACCAAGAUCAGCCCUUCAACUGUCUCAAAGCUACGUCUCAAGUGGACAUUCUAUGCAGGCAAAGACAUCAGUGCAACUUCUGCAAUUUUCAAUGGGACCCUUUAUUUCCCAGGCUGGAAUGGUUUCCUCUACGCGGUCAAAGCUGUUGAUGGCUCUCUUGUUUGGAAACAAAACCUGCAAAACCUAACUGGUCUUAGUCCACCUACUUUCAUCCUAAAUGUUACUGCAACGCUGUCGAGAUCAACUCCAACUGUAGCUGGUGAUCUGCUCAUCAUCGGAAUCUAUGGACCUGCUGUUGUUAUCGCUGUUAAACGAGCAACCGGAGAGCUGGUCUGGUCCACUAGGCUUGAUAGUCAUCCGGUUGGUCUUAUCACCAUGUCCGGGACAUUUCAUAAAGGAGGUUUCUAUAUUGGAACAUCUUCAUUUGAAGAAGUCGUCAGCAGCAUUGAGCAAUGUUGCACCUUCCGUGGCAGCCUUGCCAGACUAGACGUCCGAACAGGCGCCGUCGUGUGGCAGACCUUCAUGGUGCCUGACAAUCAUGGCUUGACCGGAGAGUACUCCGGAGCAGCAAUAUGGGGAAGCAGCCCUUCCAUUGAUAUUAAAAGGAACCUUGUCUACAUUGCCACAGGAAACCUAUACUCGGCUCCUCUGCGUGUUCAACAAUGUCAAGAAAGAGAGAACAACCAGACUUUGCCUACUCAUCCAGAUGAGUGUGUUGAGCCCGAAAAUCAUUUUGAUUCGAUAGUGGCAUUGGAUUUGGACACUGGAAUGAUCAAGUGGUAUAGGCAGCUGGGAGGGUAUGAUGUGUGGUUCGUGGCCUGCAGCAACCUUUCGGCGUCCCUUAAUUGCCCGCCGGGCCCCAAUCCGGAUGCGGAUUUUGGGGAGGCACCGAUGAUGCUAAGCAUUCAUGUCAAUGGAAGCGAACAAGAUGUUGUGGUAGCUAUUCAGAAGAGUGGAUUUGCAUGGGCUUUGGAUCGCGAUGAUGGCAGCAUUGUCUGGUCCACGGAGAGUGGACCUGGUGGGGCUUCUGGAGGAGGUACAUGGGGAGCAGCCACGGACACAAAGAGGAUCUACACCAACAUUGCCAACAGUGACAGUAAAAACUUCACCCUCAAACCAUCGAACAAAACCACAACUGCAGGCGGAUGGGUGGCAAUGGAUGCUCACACUGGCACAAUCCUAUGGUCUACCGCUAAUCCUAGCAAUGCCAGUUCCAAUGGUCCGGUCACUGUUGCUAAUGGCGUCCUAUUUGCUGGAUCCGCGUAUCCAACAGGACCCAUCUACGCCAUGAAUGCUAAAACCGGGAACAUUCUAUGGUCACAGGACACCGGAGCCACCGUUUACGGUGGCAUGUCAGUGAGCCAGGGAUGCAUUUAUGUGGGGAAUGGUUAUAAAGUAAGCCUUGGAGUAGUGGCGUACCCAACCUUUACUGGAGGCACUUCGCUCUUCGCUUUCUGUGUCCAUCAGUGAAUCAACCUACUCACACUUGUAUUUAGUAUCUUAUCGGUAUGUCAUAUCAAAUAAUAAUCUGGCCACUUAAUUAAGGUCCAAAGGAUGACUUGUUAUCAAUGUUUUGUAAAUCUAUCACUCACACUUCUGGUUUGAAUUGAUUGCACAAGGAGGAUGAAAUGAUUGUUUGGAUUCA